CUGAACUUGUUUUAACAGAUAUACACAAAGGCCAGUCUGAAGAAUGGACCCACAUUGGAGAAGAUGCGUUUGCUGUAGACAUCCCUGCAAACUCUCACAUGCAGCAGGAGAACACAAGUCCUAGGGCAAGCUGGCUGGAGGUACUCACAGCUGGCUUGCAGGACUACAGACUUGUUUAUCAUAUUGUCCAUCAUACCCAGCCAGGACGCCUUUCCUCUGUCUUCAAGCUGCUUCCACUAGCCAAUACAUACAGCCCAGGACAACUGGCUGAAGGCCACCCCUCUCCGCGACGUGGACUGGUCCGACAGAACUCCCUCAGCAGUCCGAGGGACACGCCUCCCCGAGACAAUAAGAUCAGAGUUCACCGGAGCCUGUCCAUGUCGGAGUCGGCCGAGAGCGUCCUAUCACAGAAGGUCCACUUUUUGAGGUCAUUGAGGGAGAGGGGCUUUCGCAAAGGAAGACUGGUGUUGGUAUCAGGCCAUAAGGUGCCGUAUGCAGUGGUGUCGCUGAUACCGUACAGUCGUAUCAGCCAGCAUGGAUACGUCAGUGUACCCGAGGGUCGGAGACAGCGCCACCCCUCGGGAAAUCGUCCCCUGUCCUACAUGACGGACACCAGCGUCAUGGCACAGCUGCAGGGGGUCGAGCUAGGGGAUGAUGGGAAGACGGUGUCCUACGCACACUUCCUGGUCCCUACCCGCUCCAUGGAGAAGAGGAAAUCCUUAGAUGGACUGGGUCCGCCCGUAGCCACCCAAUCACAGACCUACCUGCGGACAGUGUCCUACGACCCUGCGCAUCUUUUGCGAGUCCAGGCAUCAUCAGAAGAACCAGCAGUUCCCUUACUGCCCAAGUAUGACCCGUACCUUUUGGAUGACCCAGAAUGGAGGUCUGGCAAACACAGAACUGUGCUCAACCUGCCCUGCUAUAUGACCACUAUUAUUGACUACGCAAAACCAUCGGAACUGAAGAAGGAUUUGAACGAGAUGUUCAAAGAGAGGUUUCCACACAUCCAGCUCACACUUAGCAAGUUGAGGAGCUUGAAGAGAGAAAUGAAGAAGAUAGCAGUGGAUGACUGCCGAAUGGAGGAAGUGACUGUUGCUCAGGCAUAUGUGUAUGUUGAGAAGUUAGUCUUACAGGGAAAGAUUAACAAGCAGAACAGGAAAUACUGUGCAGGUGCUUGUUUGCUGCUGGCAGCAAAGCUGAACGACACAAAAAAGGCACAACUGGCAAAGUUACUUGAGGAAAUAGAGGACACAUUCCGACUCAACAGGAAGGACCUGAUAGCGUUUGAGUUUCCCGUUCUGGUGGCACUGGAGUUUUCCCUGCAUGUGCCCGACACUGAGGUGUAUCCACAUUACAGAAGACUGGUAUAUCUCUCCUGACCAUACAUACAUACAGUCCUGUACAGUACCCACAUUACAGAAGACUGGUAUAUCUCUCUUGACCAUACAUACAUACAGUCCUGUACAGUACCACAUUACAGAAGACUGGUAUAUCUCUCCUGACCAUACAUACAGUCCUGUACAGUACCACAUUACAGAAGACUGGUAUAUCUCUCCUGACCAUACAUACAUACAGUCCUGUACAGUACCCACAUUACAGAAGACUGGUAUAUCUCUCUUGACCAUACAUACAUACAGUCCUGUACAGUACCACAUUACAGAAGACUGGUAUAUCUCUCCUGACCAUACAUACAGUCCUGUACAGUACCACAUUACAGAAGACUGGUAUAUCUCUCCUGACCAUACAUACAUACAGUCCUGUACAGUACCACAUUACAGAAGACUGGUAUAUCUCUCCUGACCAUACAUACAGUCCUGUACAGUACCCACAUUACAGAAGACUGGUAUAUCUCUCCUGACCAUACAUACAGUCCUGUACAGUACCACA